CUCUCCAGGAAAGGACCAGAACGACCGCGGCCCGCCAACCUCCUACGAGGACUGGCUGUUUCGGAGCUGAGUGUGUGUGUCUGGGGCGGGGGGUCCGCCAUGAGGGACUACUCGGCACCUGCGAACCAAGGAGGCUCCUGUAUGGCCUGCUGCCAAGUUUGUGUGUUCUUCUUCACUGCAAUCCUCAUUGUCGCAGAGAGGACGGCGCUGAUUUACUGCUUUGUGUACUAUCUGUGGGUGGGUCACAACUACUGCUACGCCCAUCUGGCUGGCUUCACUGCACUCUUCCUGCUACCAGGUUGGGGUCCACAGUGGCUCAGCUACCGAUGGUACCUCUCAGAUGGAAAGAUCCGCAGAAAGUCUCUCACCUGGACUCACAUACUGCACCUGGGUAUCUUCAAAAGGCUGUGGGAGUGCAUGCGUCUUCCAGAUAUGGACGUGUACGGAGAGAUCAUGCAACAGGCUGAUGUGUCCGCCUUACGGAUGUUGGAGGCCUUGGUGGUCACCCUCCCCGAAACACUGCUGCACACCUACGUGCUCAUCUGCACUGAUAUAGGCAUCAAAUCUCCAGCUUCCGUGUGUUUCGCGGUGUGUUUGUUAUCUCUGGCCUGGGCGUUGGUCCUGUAUGCCCGAGCAUGUUCCCUCAUCAGACCAGGACACCUGCAAAUGACCCCUGCUGCCAUCUUCUGCCGACUCCUGUGGAGGGUCAGUAUGUUGGGGUCUCGAUUCGGCGUCCUCAUGCUUUUCACGCGGGUCUUCAAACACUGGGUUCUUGGCGUUAUAGGUGUGCACUGGUUGGGGACAACAUUUUGGAUGGUGUCUCAGCAGACUGACAUCAUCCGUUCAACUAGUCGAUGGAGACUCUUCAAUCUGAUUCUUGGGGCCAUUCAUAUCUUCUUCUUCCUCAACGUGAAGUACGGUCCGUCACGCUUCCGCAUGGCUGGCUUCUACCUGGUAAUGUUUUUAGAGAACAUUUUCCUCCUGCUGGCGUCGUCCUGGUUGUUCAGCAUGGUGUCCUGGGAUACGGUGGCCAUCCCGACCGCGGUCCUCUGCAGCUUCCUUAUUGGUGUGAUCUCCUUGGUUCUGUACUAUCGCUUCCUCCACCCCAAAUCCUUUGAGAUCUUCCAGAGUAUUCGCCGUAGAGGGAUCAGUGGCGCCUGCAUGGAGAGUGGAUCUAUACUCUCGUUGGAGGAGAAAGUCACGCCUACUUUUCAUCGCCAUGCAACACUGUCAGGAGGUGGCACCCUGAUGGACCUCCCACCCCAGUGGGAGGGCUGGAGGCAUCAUCACUGGCUGCUGAUUCGUUUGGCUCUGAAGACGGGGGACGUGCCCAAGAUCUGGUCAGUCUACGGAGAAGGUGGUCUCGCUGGACUCAUGGGUUUGUGUGAAGAGCUUCAUUACGGAAAUGAACAUCGUCGUGUACCGCAGCCUCCACGUAUUCCACCUCAGGUCCUCCACCCAGUUCCUCAGCCACCCCGACCUCAGGUGACCCCAGCUCCACAGAGAGAGGAGGUGCCACCACCAAAGCCAGCUCUCACCAAUGUCAUAGCCAGACCUGUGAGGAAAGCUCCUCCCACAACAAUCCACGAUAUUAGACUAGUUCCAGAGAUCAUCCCGGUGCAUGAGGCCAUUCUUGAAGAGAUCACAGAGGAUUUCAGUGCUCCACAGACAGAGGAUAAAGGUGAUGAAGAGUUUCAGAGUGCGAUUUACGGUUCCCCUUCACUUUCAUCACCUGCCCAACCAGGAAGCCUGCGCCACAUCGACAGUAAAUCCGCCACCCUGACUGAGAAGUCAUCCUCUGCAGGUUCUUUGGACAUCAAGACCCCCGGCUGGUCACCUGAACGUCCCUCCCCUCUCCUGAUCAGCUCCCCAGAGAAGAAAUCAGCUACACCGUUAGACACUACCUCAUAUUUCUGUGUCGAUGUACCUUCUCCCUCGAGUGGGAGCUAUCUAGGCUGGGGGUCUGAGCUGUCACCCAUCUCCACCUACAGAAGCCCCUACCGCAUUAGGGAGGCUCGUUUUGUCGCAUCUACUUCACGUCCGGAGUCCCGGACUGGAGCAGAGAGUCCAGGUCUUGCCCCGGUUGUUAUCAUCCCCGCUACACCCGGUACGACUCCACGCGCGACCCCCAGUGGGACCCCUGGUUCCAUUACCCCCGCAGCCUCAACACCCACCGCCUCCACACCUGCUGCAUCCACUCCUGGUGCUGCAACCCCUGCUAGUGCCACAACACCCAGCACCCCCAUAGUCCCACUCGCCCCAGUCAUCUCCCACGCCUGCAAACAGAUAGUUCAGUUUGUGGACAGCAGAGAGAGGGCCGUGUAAGAAGGAUGACGUUAACAGCGCUCACUGGCCACAACAUUAGGGACAAUUGCCCAAUAUUGAAAACAUAUUCAAAAACUCUAGUAUUUUGGUUACCUUUUCUAUAUAUACAGGAGAUAGUCAAAAUAUUAGAAACAGCUCUCAGCAUGAUUCGGUGCAGUUGCGCACCACUGCCAUAAUAAACAUAAUGGGUUCAUGAACACAUCUCAAACUGAACACAUCCCAUCUCUCCACUACAGAAAUUAAAUGUGGUCACCCCUGUGCGUUAUGGGGUGCAGGUGUACCUAAUGAAGUGUCCUGUAAGUGUAUAAGAUUUCAUGACAAAAGUAUACACAAUAUGAAGCACUUCUUAUCCCUGCUCAUUACCAGUACGCAGAAAAUGUGUAGAACCUUUUUUUCAGUUGGUGGGAGUGAUGCAUAUUUUCAAAUGACAACACGGCUAUAAUCACAAUGAACAAGCAUACUGAAACAAAUCAGCAAAUUUGAUUUUUCCAUUAAAAAUAAUAAGAGUUAGAUCUCUCUCUUGGUAAAAACCUGUGUACUUUUUCAGGCAACUUACAACCAAUUUAAAACUAUUAGAAUUAGAAUUAUGUUGAUGUUUAAGAAGAUUGUCUUCUUAGUAAGAAAUAAGUUUACAUUCAAUGCUGCCUUCCAGGUUGCAGCCUCUUUUCUAAACCACUUGGGUUCUUCUUACUUUUACAAAACAAUACCAACACGCUCCGUUCUUGAUUAAAAAAAAAAUGUUCAUUAACAGAUAAUAAAAUGUUAUCUUUCAAGGAUUUCAUACUUAAAUUGUAACUUUUAAUUGUUACAGUUUCGUUUUGUCACCAGAAUGUUAGUCAUAGAGUUUUGUGUCACACAAGGGUUUUCAGUGUAGGACGGUGAGGCUGAUGUCAGAGAACAUAAAAUAGUUGAGGCCUCGCUCCCUAGUUUCUGUCUCUCCGCAGAACUUCUCUUUAACUCGGAACUAAAAAAAUUUCCAUUGUGCACUUUCAACUGAUGUUAAUAAUAAUACAUUUUUAUUUCAAGCCACGUUUCAGAACACCCUAUAACACCGUACGUGAAAUAAAGCAAGGAAAGGGGGGAAAAAAAGUUACAAAUCAAUAACUCAUGCAUGGUAAAAUGAGUAAAGAAAAACAGCCAGUUGGCUUGGCAGGGUUUAAAAUAUUUUAUUUUUCAAGCUGCUGCAGGUGCGCCUUACACAUUGAAAACAGCUAGUUACUCUAUUAAAUAUAUUGUUUCAAUUCAUUGGGAUUGUGUGAUAAGGGAGCAUUGCAGAACAGAUUUGAGCUCUGCCAACAACGUUUCAUAUCAUGAAAGCUAUUUAUUUGAAUAAUCUGUUCUGUUCUGCUCACAUUUAAGAGUCAUAAGUGAAUUGCUCUUUGAAGUACAUACUGAAAAGUUAGUCCCAUACUGUAUGUAUAUCAAGAGAAGUGAUGUGUAAUUAUGCAUAGAUGAAAGAAAUCUGCAUGAGGAGCACAUGGACCCGCUGUGCAUACUGCAGUAGACAUUGCACAUGCUUGGAUGUGAACACCACAGCAAUAAAGAAGCUAAUAUGUAUCUUUGUGCACUCAUGGAAAAUAUACACGCUUUAGAUUGCAGACCAUCGUCAUGAAUUGGUGCUUUUCUGCAACUGAUAGUUUGUGUGUGUGCAUCGCUUCCUAAUAGCCCAUAAUGCACUGAUUUGUCUACCUGAAAUCUAGCAUGACAUUGCUAGUGUGUCUGUUUUUUUUUUUUACAUUUUUUUAAAGAGCUGCACAUUUUUUGUCUCGCUCUUUUUGACCCAGCUGGGAUGUGUGGACAUAUAUGGUGCAGUUUUUGUCUUUUAUCAUCACUAGACAUCACCGCAUCUCUACUGAGAUUUCCACAGCUGCUGUGGUUGACGGCACCGAGACACUAACUCUGCUAUUGAUGUGACAAAAUAAAGUCAAUAACCCCGAUGAAAAGCAGUUUGUUCUUUGUGGUCCCUAUUAACUGGCUGAUGCAAUGC